AAUAAUCAAUUGGAUUUGCAUUUGAAACUUUGAAUAUUCAUAUUUAAUUAUAUUAUAAUUAAUAUUAUCAUCUAUUAUUCUGGUCAUGGUUUCUCAAUUUCAAAUAGCAAAUUUAAUUUUGGUUAUUCCUUUAUUUCCAUUUCUCACACUUCAAAUUCUUGUAAUGUAUGCAAUAGCACACAACAAGAGGUGAAGAGAAUCAUUGACCUUAAUUUCCAUGGCUAUGGCUAUGGCAUCUCUGGUUUUACCAGGGCUUUCAAGUUCUCAACUUUAUUAUCAAAAUAAUCUGAAAAGAGCAAAAAAAUGUGCUUUUCUUGGUGGGUUUUCUGUCAGAAGAGCAAAGACAAUUUUGCAUGUGGUUGGUCAUAAUCAAAUGGAUCUUGGUGGUGAUGUUUCUCAUGUUUUCCUUCCAAGGCCAUUAUCUAUAUCUGAUAUUGAGGCUGCUUCUGAUGAUCGUGCCAAAGUACGAAUAUCAUAUAGGGGGAUACCAGGAUCAUACAGUGAGGAUGCUGCACUCAAAGCUUACCCUAAUUGUGAAACAAUCUCGUGCAGUGAUUUUGAAGAAGCUUUUAAGGCUGUUGAGUUGUGGCUGGCUCAUAAAGUUGUCAUUCCAAUUGAAAAUACGUCUGGUGGAAGCAUUCAUCGGAACUAUGAUUUACUUCUUCGCCAUAGGCUUCACAUUGUUGGUGAGGUGCAGUUGGCUACUAAUCUCUACCUUCUAGCUCUACCUGGUGUCAGAAAAGAGUAUCUUAAACGUGUUUUAAGCCAUUCUCAGGCACUUGAUUUAAGUGAAACUUUCCUGAAUAAGUUAGGUGUUAGCAGAGAAAAUGUUGACGAUACGGCUGGUGCUGCUAUGAUUGUAGCGUCAAAUGGUUUGCAUGAUACUGGUGCCAUUGCAAGCAUUCGAGCUGCUGAAAUCUAUGGGCUUAAUGUACUUGCAGAAAGAAUCCAGGAUGAUUCUGAAAUCGUCAGUCGUUAUCUUGUGCUUGCAAGGGAUCCAAUAAUUCCAAGAGCCAAUAAGCCCUUUAAGACAAGCAUUGUGUUUACCCUGAAUGAAGGCCCCGGGGUGCUGUUUAAGGUUUUGGCAGUAUUUGCCAUGAGGGACAUAAAUUUAUCCAAGAUUGAAAGUCGCCCACAAAGAAAUCGACCACUAAGAGUCGUUGAUGACUCCAACACUGGAACUGCCAAGUACUUCGAUUACCUUUUCUAUAUUGAUUUUGAGGCAUCAAUGACUGAGCCUCGAGCACAAACCGCUUUAGAACAUCUGCAGGAAUUUGCGACAUUUCUUCGAGUUCUUGGAUGCUAUCCCAUAGAUACAACCAUAUAGACUAUAGACUAUAGCUAUAUUCUUUUUAUUGGCGACUUUUCAAUGCAUUCAAGGAUGAAGUUUUGAAGUGGAUUUGGUGCUAACAUCAUGCCCAGUCAAAGUAUGAUAAAAACAGUUGAUCAUGACCUUAAAUAAUUGCCAUUUAUUCGAUUAAACUCGAUCCACCGCAUGAAGGAUACAGAAGUUGCAGGGACGGCCUAAGGCCCAAGCCACCAACAAUGCCUCUAAAAGAUAUUCUUAGACAAAGAAAUUAGUUUUCUUAUAGUAUGUUUAAAAAUAUUACAAGAGUUUAUAAUGGCAUAGUGGUUUGAUUGUUUUGUAGCCAGUAAAUAGGUAACAUAAUUUCUUCAUUUUAUGCAUAGUGUGAUGUAUAUUUUAUAUGCAAAUGAUAAUAUUUGUAUUUUACAUACUUUUGUUUUACUAAAUAUUUUACAUACUUAAAAAAG